AUGAUCAAGAAAAUACCCAUGAUGAGAUUCUUCAUCAUCAACCUUCCAUUUUUGUUGUUGUUGUUGAUUUUAGCAAGUAAUCAUGCAUCAUUAUGUAUGAUCCAUGCACAAUCACAAUCACAAUCACCAUCACCAUCCCAAGAUUCAUGUAACUCAAAUCUUGCCAAUCUCAAUGGCCAAUUCUUCUUUGACACAUCUUCUCUCAAUUGUAUCCCUGUUUGGUCUUCUGAAAACUUCAUUCUUAGAUAUGGACAAGCGGGUCCAAGUUUAUGGAGUUUUGUCUUGUCGACACCAAGCACGAACUCCUAUGUAGGAAUGGGAUUUUCGUCCAAUGGCGGCAUGGUGGGGUCCAGCGCCAUCGUAGGUUGGGUGGGAGGUGGCUCAACCAACAUGAAAAAGUAUCUCCUUGGCGGUCAAACCCCAAGCCAAGUGUUGGCAGAUGAGGGAGACUUGCAAAUCGUGGGAAACACGUCGUCUAUUUUUUCGGAAUCGGCUCGGAUAUACAUGGCGUUUCAGUUGGUUACAAACCAACCAAGGCAACGACUUGUGUAUGCUGUUGGGGACAGCAGCAGUCCCCCUCCAGGCACACCAAGUUUUCGCUUGACUCGACAUAGAAGUCAGAUUGCACUCCGUUUGGAUUAUGCCUCUGGUGAAGGAAGUCGAAUUAAGGCUCCUUACUCGAAUUUAAAGAGGGCUCAUGGAAUCUUAAACAUGAUUGGAUGGGGCAUACUUCUCCCAGUUGGCGUGAUGGUUGCUCGUUAUUUCAAGCAUUUGGACCCGUUGUGGUUUUACGUGCACACGAGCGUUCAAUCAUUAGGGUUUAUUCUUGGGUUAUCAGGCGUGAUUGCAGGGCUUGUUUUAGAUGGCCGUCUCGAUGCCAGUGUUGGCAAGCACAAAGGACUUGGCAUAACCAUUCUCGUAUUGGGUUGUCUUCAGGUUCUAGCUUUCAUGGCCCGUCCAUCUAUAGAUGCAAAAACAAGAAAAUACUGGAACUGGUAUCACUACAUUGUAGGACGACUUAUCAUUACGUUUGCCAUUGUGAAUAUUUUCUACGGGAUCCAUUUGGCUAAGGCAGGAAGUUCAUGGAAUGCCGGUUACGGAGUCGUUCUUGGAAUAUUUGUUAUAACUGUUUUGGUUUUAGAGAUUAGGAUGUUAAGGAAAAAAUAAAAGCUUUUUUCUUGUCUAUGCUUGUAAUACAGAUAAGUUAGGGGCCGUGUGUGUAUUUGAACUGAUAGGCAUCAUUGUUUUAGUUAUGCUUCGAUUAUUUUCGUAUCAACACAUUCUGCUACGAAAUUCAUUUC